CCUGGCGGGUGUCGGUCUCCAGCGAGUGGCGGCACCUGCGGCGGCGGGCUGCCAGCUGAGCUGAUUCUCUGAUGGUUGUUCCUUUAUGUGUGUCCUUCAGCAGGUGCUGGGGCUUCAUUCUGGGGGUGAAGGGGUCAGAUGGUGUUGCCCAGAGGCAACGAAAGUCAGUAAGGGGCACAUGAGAGCACAAUUCCUCCUCCGCCGCCUUGUCUAUUUUGGAAGUGUUCCGAGUGUGGAGCUGCACGUGACCGUCACACGCACAUACGCACACACCAGACGAACACGGGAGAGCCGCACACACUCACACGCGAGGCUCAGUCUGUAGCAGCCUUUGCUGGCGUGGACAUUCCACGACUGCUCCGCUCGCAUCUUAUCGCUUCUGGCAACCAGUGCUGUGUAAAGCUGUGGAUGGCACGAGCCUUAAGUAGCACCUCUCUCAUUCAGGAGCCACCGCCUGGUACAUUCGGAGUUUUAUUCUGUGCCUUACCGUAGAAGCACCGGCCACGAUGCUCGGGCGACACAGUUUACUUUGAAUAUAUAAAUACAAAUUUGCUGUGACAUUUUGUGAUAUUGGUACAAAUUGUAAUAGAAAAAGAAGUGUCACCGGACUGCGUCAUAUUGUGCGACUCAGGACAGCUGUGCUGAGUAGCAGCGGCCCAGUGUAUGGUGCAGAGAGGCCGCCCGCAGACCGGCUGGAAGUAUUAAUACACAAGUUAAGGUUGAAAGCGACUGUAGUGUGCGUGGAUGUUUGCCUGUGAAGUGGAAGCACGUGUGACUGCUGGCGGGCACUGGUUCCGUCUGGUCCACGCUUCCGUGCCCCGACCUAGAACACAACCGAGCUCCAACGUGCCCUCUUGUCCCCUCCCCGGCCCCGCUUGGGACCAGGGGUAAGAGGACUGGCUAGAGCCGAGGCCCCUUUGGAGCCACUGGUAAUGGCCACGGUAGUGAAAGAGGAACCAGAGGCCCCGUACAGCCUCUCUCUUCUCCUGGGUGACCGUAACUCCCGCUGCAGAACCAUGACCGCUUCAGCUAUGGGCCCUGGAGCCCCACCCUCGCCUGCCGUUCAGCACCAGACCUGCGGUGUUCAACAGCAGCCGCCACAACAGCCAAUCAUGAAUGGAGUGGCCGCUUUUGAGAGGGUACCAGCCCACUCUCCUUCCAACGUACCUCCUGUCGAAGGCACCAAGAGACAUCCGUCACCCAUCAAACCCACUGCCAAUGAUCCGCUUUCUCAUCGUAUCAUCGAGAAGAGGCGACGGGACAGGAUGAACAACUGCCUGGCGGACCUGAGCCGCCUCAUCCCCACCUACUACCUCAAAAAGGGCCGAGGCCGCAUCGAGAAGACGGAGAUCAUAGAGAUGGCCAUCAAGUACAUGAAACAUCUACAGGCCCACGCAUGCAGUCAAAUAGAGAACUGUGAGGUGACAGCUAAGCAAGAGAAGACAGGGAACCAACUGGAACAGUUUCAUCUUGGCUAUCAAGAGUGCAUGUCUGAGACAAUGCAGUUCCUGGUGGAAAGUGAAGGCUUCUUCUCGGGUGACUCCCUGUGUGUGCGGCUAAUGAACCACCUCACCAAACACUGUGAAAAGAUUCUCAACAGUGAAGGUUAUGUGACCAGACAGAGUGGUGCAAGUUCCUCAUCUAGUGGGUACCAUGCCAAUAGCUCCUCAGCGGGCUCGUCCAGUGAUGGCAAUGGCAAUGGGUCAAGUCACAACUCUGAGAGUAAGGAAACUCUUGUUACAGAAGAGUCUGCAUACCGGUCUGAAGACCGUCCGGGUUCAGAUGAAAGGGAAGACAAACUGGGUAGUUCCUCCUCCUUGGAUGGCAGCUCUGGGGUUGGCAGUCAACUGCGUGAGAUCCUGCAGCAGCACUCUGGUCCAGGAAACAGUGGAGAGCGACGGUGUGGAGGGUACUCCUCAGGCCUCAGCUCCAACAACUCUUCUAGCGGUGAUGACAACAACAACAGCAACAGCAGCCGCCUCUACAAAUUCAAGUCCAACAUGAAGCAUAGAUUCAGUGCUGACCUAGAGCAGUCCCACCAAGUGAGAAAGAAGCGGAGGGAUUCUGAGUCAUCUUGUGGAAACUACACUGAUUAUGAAAAGGACCGAGUGACACCCACUGGCCCAGCCUCAAGGACCACACCAUCCCAAGAAAACUUCCCAACAGAUUCAGCCAAGCUGCUGGAUGGCCAUGACAGUCCUGUGCCAGAGAAGAACCAGAGAACACCAACUCCCACUCCUAAAUGUGAAAACCAAAUGGAGAGCAGCUCCCCCAACAAACAGGUGCCUGAUAUGGGCUCUGCAGGAACUGUCCCCAUUUUUGCCCUUAACCAGAAUGGCAGCUUUUAUGUUCCAUUAACAAUAGACAACUCCCUAAUUGCCCCCAUCAUGUCUGGCCUUUCAGACAUGUCACCCGUCCUUCACCCAAUAUCUAUAAGUGUGAAUUUCUGUGGUCCAUUCCCCACUAUCACUUCUAGUAUAGUACCCCCAGGCCAGCCAGGCUGUGCUGCAGCCCACGUACCAAAUGCCCACCAUCUCCUUGGCAACCGUCUUUCCCAUAUGACACAUGGCACUGCCCUGAACAGCUUUGAGUCGGGGGUAUACAAUGGCCGGCCCCAUCCCAGGCCCCCCUAUGACAGGAAAAGACGUGACCCUGUGCGGCACACCUCACAGUAUGAGGAGCCAAGAGUUGGAGUGCCUGGUGGAGCACCAGAAGGUGUGGAGAAGUGGGAACCAAGUGAUGUGGACAUGAGGGAACAACACCAUCACCACCACCACCACCACCACCAUCCCCUCAAUCCAGAGGGUCCACCACGGGAAGCUGGACGAGACCUUCCCUCUUGGUUAGAACACAUGCGGGAUGUCAAGGACACAAAAGACCAGGAGAAGCCACACGAGGCGAGAGAGAUGAGAAGUGUACGUUCUGGAAACUUGCGGGACCUUCGUGAUGCGAGAGAAAUGUGGGACAUGCGAGACUCGGCACAAACAGUUCGUGAAUAUAUUGAUACCAGUGGUAACUAUCCUAAAAAUGCUACAUAUUCUCGAACUCCCCCACAUUGGACACCUGCAUACCAUGUCCAGCCUAAGAAUUAAAGAGGUUGUGAAUUAAAGUAUAUUUUCACCGUACUGUCUAGAAAGAAAAUGGUCACCUUAAUAGAUUUCUUCUUCAUUGAAAGAUAUAGUCGUUAUAAUCUAGUGAAAGCAAUCCUUCAGCGUUGUAAUCCUAUGAAAAUAACAUGUUCUAUUGUAAUAACAAGAAAAGUUUAAAUGAUGGAGUUAUAUAAAUAACAUCCUUAAAUGGGAUAUGUAUUAUGCUCAGUGUUAAAAAAAUGUAUGUUUACUGCAAGUGAGUGGGCUUACAAAACAAUACCAAGUUCAGUGUGGUGGUGACUCAGAGACAAGUGAAACAUUCAUCAUGUUCUGAGGAGUUUUGCUCAACAAUGUCACUGGCUAGAAACUAGUUAUGUGAGUGUCCUAUUCAUCUCUACAAACAAUGAAAAAUAAAGACAUGAAAACAGGAUUCAUACACAUGUAGACAGUACCUGAAUAGCUAGGCACAGAUGUAACACAGCUGGUGCAAGUGGAGAGAGUUGUUUUUCCUGGCACAGGUGGAGGGCUGACUAAUAUUAUCUCAUGAGUGGUGGACAGUCACAACUCAAUACUCAUCCUCUCAACUGCUUUAUUGUAACUCAUGCACUUCAUUUAUAUUUUAGUUAUUUACUGUAAAUAUUUUAAAACCUAUCCAGAUUUACCUUAAGUUAUGAUUUACAAUAAACAUUUGUGAAUCCUUGAUGCUAUGACAAAAAUAAUUACUGAAGAAUAUUGGAUGUGUUUUUUUAUUGUUCACUUGCAUCUAAUCUAAUAAUACAUAUCACCACCAUAAGAAAUGAGUAAAAAACAAACCAACUUGUAGAUGGGGUGAGUAACCAAGUAAUGAACAGUAAGUUAAAUUAAUCUGUAGGAAAACAAACACAUUACCUUCAUGUUCACUGGAAAACAAAAAGUUCUUCAUUUCCCUUUUACUGCCAUGCAUCUGAAAGAAAGAGUUAAGCAGUGUUACUUUCCUGUUAUUUUCACUACAUCAAGGUUGAGGUGUAAGUAUGUUUUGUCUUGGCAUCAAGGGAGAGGGAGAUGUGUAUCUAUUGAGCCUGCAGACUCCCCAAAGUUGCUUCUAGUCACAGGUACAGGAGUUUGCUGAGGUGGGAGUGAAGUGUCCUGCCAGCCCUCCACCACUGCCCACCCUGACUACUCGCCUGUGAUGUGUGUUGUACGUCUCUUGCAUCUCUGUUGUAGAAGCUGCAGAUACUGAGCUUUUGCAGUAUAUGUGCAUGUGACAAUUUAUUUAAUAUUACUGAAAUUUCUUUUCUAUAACUGGUAUCCAGUUUUGUCUAAAUGGUGGUCACUGCUAUGGCUGUAGUUUCUUCUUUAUAAAUCAGAUUAAGUCUUCUGUAAUCUGGAAAGUGUCUAAAGAAUAAUUUUUCAUUACUGUUACAGAGCUAGUUUUACACAGGAUGUUUCCUUUAUAAUACUACCAUUCCUUCAUAUUGUGUUCUUUUGAAUGAGGAACAGCAGUUUUAAAGAAAAAUGCUUCAUAUUGAAUACAGACUGAGUGCCAAGCUAAAUUUCUUGUUAUUGGAGUGUAGAAAAAUCUAAUAAAAGCAAUGAUUCAGAAAACAGCAUGGCUAAGACUGCAUAGUGAUUGUCACUACAUUGUUGAUGUACUGAUAGUGCUUCACAUAGUGAAAGAAGAUCCUACUAAAAUGUGUAAAUUAUUCUGUUAUGUAAAAAUGAAUCCAGUCCAAUAUAAUUUGUUAUGAUUUUCACUUAAUUUGUACUUCAUUACUGUGUGUGUAGUAAUGCUGAAUAUACUGUAUAUAAAUUCUGUUAACUUUC